AACUACCAAGACUAUGAAAGAAAAAACUAUUUCUUGACCUUGAACUUCAUUUUGAUGUCACAUUUUGGUGUCAUUUUGAAGUUUGAAGACAAGACAAGCAAAAUAUAUCUUGAAUUCAAAUGUGUAUUUUCAAAAGUAUUAUAUAACUAAUUAAUUAGUUAGAAACGACUUCACCUACUACAUAGUCCGUGUUAUACGAAUUCUAAGUGAUAUGUGUUAUUUCUGUUCAUUCAAAAUAACAUCUCUAAUGUGAUAAUUCUGGUUAAUCUGUAUAUUUUGGACUUUGAGAAUGGAUACAGGAGAGAGAUCUCUCCAUUCCACAAAUGUUGCAGUUAUUAGGGAAGUUUACGACAAUGAAUUUUCCCAAGCUUGUUUUUCUAUGGAAUUAGAAAAGGCCCUAGAGAGUCGUUGUUCCAUUAUUGUUAUAGAACCCACACAACUUGGCGAUGAAACUGCUAGGUGGAUUAGUUUCGGAAAUUACUUGCACAAAACGGCAGUUAUAUCUGGGUUGACUUCCAUUAUUUCAGGAUUUGCCUGGCCAGAUACUUUUGUUCCUCAAGCACCGUUAAGUAUUAUUUCUUCAUUAUGUACUGGAUUGUAUACAGUUUCUUGGCAGUUUGAUCACUGUGUUAAAUACCAGGUUGAACGAGAUGUGCGAAAACUUUCCAGAUUACCAAUUUUGGGAGCAUUAACAUCAGCAUCUCCAGUGGUUUUAGUGCGCAAAGACAAUACUAAACGAAUUAUUGUACAUUGGGCAGUUACGUUGGCAUCUGCGUCACUUUGCAUAUAUAGGUUAUAUCGUACAAUGAAAUAGAAAACAUGUUUGUCAUAGUACAGCCAACAAGCAGUAGUGUUGCUCUGGUAGCUUUUUUAGGUUUAAAAGACUAAAUCAUUCCUUUUGAUGAUGCGAAUCGAUGUAGAGCCUAAAGAUUUUACUAUUUUGCAAAAUGUGAUGUGGAGAUUAUAAGAUUUAAAAGUUAUAAUAAAACUCAGAUCGAUUUGUUGCAAAAGUGAUGUAUUUGCAGACCUGUUUAUGACCUUGACACUCAAUGCUGUUUUUUAGCAAACUUUUAAAAAUGUUCCAAAAAUUGUUUUGUCUCGAAGUUUUAAAACUUUUUUCAAUUUUAACAACAAUUCUGACUUUCCAAUGUUUCCUAGGCUUAUUGUAUAUCUGUCAAAGAUCUACGAAAAUUUAAAUCAUUCAACCGUAUUUUUUCAUUCAUUAAAAUAAUUCUUCUCUAAGAGUUACUUAGGAUUUAUUGUUAUAGAUUGUUCAAAAUUCUUUUUUACGUGCUGUUUUUGAUUGAAGUAAUCUCCAAAGUAGGUAAGUUUAUAUUUUUGACACUAAGACUUCUCUGUUCCAUAGACAUAAUAAGGAUAGACAAGGCAUACUGAGCAAAAAAGCGUAAUGAGCGGGCAGUCGAUCAGUGGUAUAUCUAUCUCUUUUAACCAAGCGAUCCCGCGCAUGUGUUUUAUCUUUUCCCAUGCGUAACGAUUCAUUUUCAAACAAGUUAAAUUAAAACGUUAAUUGAAACGUACGUUGAUAUGUAGUAUCAUUGAUACAUACUAUGCACUGUCUGUGGUAAUACUUAGGAAAUGGCUAUUAUCCCGUGAACGUAUUUUAUUGAAGUGUUUAAUCUUUUUGCACUAUUGAGGAGAUUGAUCGACUCAACAUUAAACAGCUUGAACAUCAUACCGAGUAUUACUAGUAUAGAGAUAAAUAUAGAAUGGUAAUAAAUAAAUUUAAAAAAAAACAAAAGGUAAACAGUAAUCUCGAAAAUAAACAAAUAAGUUUCCAUUCGACAGAACUAUAUCCGCACUCAUAAAUAUUACUUGUCGUUUUUCCUUAAUGAAUAAAUAGGUACUUACCGGAAGUAAUUAAAUUAAGAGAGGACAGUAGUUAGUCGAUCUAACAAUAAUUAUGUUUGAAAAUAAAAAUUACAAUAACAUAUAUAAAGACUAAAAGUUAAAUAAUUUGAAAAACCAAUAAACAAUAAAUUCAAAUAAUAACCAACACAUGCGCUAAUGACACUGUCACUUAAAAUCAUAAACGUCAAAAUAACAAAGUAAAACGAAAAGUUUUUUUUUAUUUAGAAAUAACCGCAUUAACCACGAAGGUCAUCAGCGGGGUAACGAGAAUACAGUUAAUAAGUUUACAAAAGUAUGAAAUUGUGUACAAUUAAAUCUUACUUGCUAGGUUACAUUUAUUAAGGAAUUGGAAAAGAGGUUUACAGUCGGUUUGCAGGUUAAUAAUGUCUUUCAUAUUGUUUGAAUAACCAGAUAUAGAUUGUUUGUAAGCGGCAAAUUCAUCACAUUCUGUUAGCACAUGUUUUAUUGAUAAUGGUAUAUUACACCUUCUGCAUUUUGGUGCUUCGGUAUGGCUAAUGAGAUGCUCAUGAGUAAGUUUACAGUGUCCUAGCCGAAGACGAGAUAAGAUGACUUGGUUCGAUCUGUUGAUUGUAUGUGGAUUCCAUGGACCAGUAUCUUCUUUAACGUCUCUUAACUUGCUCGUAGAUGUUUUUCAUUUUUCAUUCCAUAAAUUGAGGGUCAUCGAAUUUAGUAGUUGUUUUGUAUCUGUGGCUGGAAUUGAUUGUUCUGCCAAUGAAGGUAAUUGCGCAGCUGUGUAAGCCCAACGAUCGGCGUUUACAUUUCCCUCGAUUCCAGAAUGAGAGGGAACCCAUAGAAAAACUAUUUUUGAUGUUAUUUUUUAUACUAAUAUGUUUGAUGCAGACUGUGCAAUAUUUCGUGAAGGUUUGUUGUAUGAGUCUCAGUGAAUUGAGUGAGUCAGAUAUUAUUAAAGAGUGUUUGGUUUGUGCAUUGGAAAUGUGCUUUAACGCUUGUAAUAUGGCAUAAAGUUCUCCAUUUAAGAUACUGUAGGAACUGGGAAGCUUAAAUAAAUAUUUGGUUUCAUUGUUUAUGUAUACUGCUGCUCCUACGCCUUGGGAAAACUUAGACGAAUCAGUGAAUAAGUGGGUGUAAUUUUUAUAUUUUGAGACUACAGUCAAAACCGUUUAUAACGAACUUCAGGGGACUGGUGGUUUUUGUACGUUGUAGCCAGUGUUCUCUGUAAGCGGUUCUAUCUGUUAUAAUGAACAGGUUGCUAUAAACGAUAUUACACUGGUAGCAACAGUCAGUUUGUUGUAAGUUUAUGAUGCAAAAAUGUGUAACUUUAUCUAUACUUAUAAUAUGUUAUAACAUGUUACACAUAACAUUUAACAUAUGUGUUUAUUGUACUUGUACGGGCUCUCAAAAUCGUUUUAUUAUAAAAAUCUGGGCAUACAUACACUAUUUAUUUUUAAAAAGACCAAAUAAUGUAAACACAAUCUUGUGAUAAUAGACCCACCUAAUAGGAAGUCUAGUGUCUAAAGGACUUACAAGUGGACCCUGCCCGGAUGUACCAUCAUAACCAUAAAACAUUAUAAAACCUUCCUUUUCAUUUCGUGGUAAUAUCGGUACCUCGGAGAGAUACAAUACAAUGCCCAUUUUUAUAACUUUACACGAAAGCAAUUUUAAACUUUUUUCAACAAAAAGUGUUAUUGCUACAGUUAUUUAUUGAGAUGUGGAAACAAUAUUAUAUUAGGACAUUGUAUGUGUUUUCAUUUCAAUCAUGGAUUGGUUAUAACUGUUUAUUAUAUAGUGUGUAAAAAGGUCAUAAUUGAAAAAAUGGAUAUUGUAUCUCUCCGAGGUACAGAUAUGUACGCUGUAACCAAUAUUUCGACUGCUAGUGUUCCAAGAACUAUGUUUGCUUUAACCGAUUUGUUCGUUAUAAGCAAUAUAAAUGCUUUUUUUAUAUGUCAUUUUACGGGACCUACUAUUUUGUUUGUUAUAUCCGAUUGUAUGUUAUAGCCGGUGUCGUUAUAAACGAUUUUGACUGUAUUUGUUUAUAAUUUUGAUAUACAGUAUGUCCCUGUAAGUUGUAUCCAUAUGGAAAACUUUUUUAUUAUUAAUUUUACGAAUAAAAGUGAUUCUUCAUAAAAAGCUCUGCAUGGUCCAAAACCUAAGAUUUAACCAUCAAAUAUCAAAUUUUUUGAAUAUUAUACGAGGUAUGUCAAAAAGUUUGAAUUUCACUCAAGAGUAAAGUAGUUUUAUUUUUCACAACAAAAAUUAUGGAUAACUAUCAUUAUUUUCAGUAUUUCCACUCGUGAUAACUCUUUUAUUAUUAAUUUUACGAAAAAAAGUGAUUCUUAAUAAAAAGUUCUGGAUGGUCCAAAACCUAAAAUACAACCAUCUUAUAUCAAAUUUUAUCAAUUUUAUACGAGGUAUGUCAAAAAAGAUAAAUUUAGAUCAAAAGUAAAAUACCUUUAUAGUUCAGAAUAUUUCAUUUAGAAGGAUGUGUGAUACUGAAACAUAGUUUUUAAUUCCAAAUAACUUUUCAUCAUAACAAUUUUCGAUAUUGUGAAAAAUAAACGUAUUUUACUCUUGAGCGAAAUUCAUAUUUUUUUACAUACCUCGUAUAAAAUUGAUAAAAUUUGACAUAAGAUGAUUGUAUUUUAGGUUUAAGACCAUGCAGAACUUUUUAUUAGGAACCACUUUUUUUCGUAAAAUUAAUAAUAAAAGAGUUAUCUGAAUUGAAAUAACUGAAAAUAAUGUUAGUUAUCCAUAAUUAAAAAAAAAAUUCAAUUAAAGGGAUGUAAUUGCCUACUAGAGAAUAGUUUUUAAUUCCAAACAACUUUUCAUAAUAGCAAUUUUCAAUAUUGUGAAAAAUAAAGCUACUUUACUCUUGAGUGAAAUUCAAACUUUUUGACAUACCUCGUAUAAUAUUCAAAAAAUUUGAUAUUUGAUGGUUAAAUCUUAGGUUUUGGACCAUGCAGAGCUUUUUAUGAAGAAUAACUUUUUUUUGUAAAAUUAAUAAUAAAGUUUUCCAUAUGGAUACAACUUACAGGGACAUACUGUAUAAGACGUGGAUUGGUAUCGUAUUUAUUAUAUUUCGUUAAUUGGGUGUUUACAUGUGGGGUUUUGAUAAUCCAUGGAGGAAUGCUGUGUUCAUUCACUAACCACGUUCUGGGGAAUUUUGGAGAUUUAACGUUGAUAUAUACCGGUGAAUUCUAAGAUAUAAGGGUCGUGGAGAGGUGCUAUGUUGAAAAGUUGAUUUGAAAUGAUUACAGAAAGUGUUUUUGUGAGCAGGAAUUGAUGGUAUUGAUGCUAUUCUUGAGGCCUAGGAUAAACUAAGAAUUUGUCGUCUGAAAGAUAGAGCUGGUUCGCCCAGUUCGCAGUAUAGGCUUUCUACAGGCGUUGUCCUGUAAGCCCCUAGAAUUAUUCUUAAUGCUGUGUUGUGUAUAGUAUCUAAGCAUUUUAAUAUUGAAGGCCGAGCAGAUGUGUAUGCAAUACAUCCAUAAUCAAUUUUCGAUCGAAUAAGGCUUCUGUAUAUUUUUAGCAGCAUUAGAACAUCAGAUCCCCAAGACUUGUUUGCUAAGCAUCUUAAUAAAUUUAAGCCCUUUUGGCAAGAAAGAGUUAGUGUUUUAAUAUGAUUUCUCCACGGCAGACGUUCGUCGAAUAUCAUGCCCAGAAAAUUUAUGAGUGGAGUAUAGCUUAGUUUCUGGUUGUAUAGGAAUAUUGAUGGUCGUUGCUGCUCUGUUAUGUUUCUUUUUGAGAAUAAUAUGCAAUUUGUUUUGUUUGGGGAAAAAUUGUACCCAGACAUUAUAGACCAACCUUCGAAGGAUGUUAUGCAUUGCUGAAGGCUUUGAGCCAUGGUACUAAGACAUCUUCCCUUGAUAAACACGAUCAUGUCAUCUGCGUAAAGUCUGGCUACAACUGGUUUCUUUAAGUCUUUUAAGACAUCAUUCAUAGCAAUUAAAAAUAAAGUUGGGCUGAGAAUUGAUCCUUGUGGUGUGCCGUUUAAUUGUUUCUUGGUUGAUGAUAUUGUUCCAGAAAUUCGGACUUGGAAUUCUCUUCGAGAUAAAAAAUUGUCUAUGAAAUGUAUUAUAUUGCCUUUCAAUCCCCAGUGAUGUAGUUUAUUUAGGAUGAUUUUAUGGCCUAAAACGAAAAGUUAUAUCAACGAAAUGCGAUGUUGUUUAUCAUUGUUUAACUUAUUGAGGUUUCUAUGGACAAGCGGCUUAAUUUUGCGAUACUAGUUUCUGUGAGUAAAAAAGAAACCUAGUAUAAAAAGUAAUUCGUGAAUAAUUUCAUACAUGGGAAAAGUUAGAGUAGAAGUAUUAUAUCGGCGUUACACAUCGAUGCACAGAGCGGCCCAUACCUUACCUAGUCUAUUUGUAUUGUGUCCAUGGUCGGUUCAUAUGUCAUUUUCCGAUCCCUUCCAUAUUUUUUGAGGUGCUAAAGAUUUACUUGUGUUUUUAGCAUCAUGUGGAGAUAACUUUUUUGCACUUCUUUUAUGAGUUUUUUUUUAUAAUACGUAUACAGUCGGAAAAAUGAAAGAAUACCCAUGAGCCAACAUAUAAAACACGCUGUAUUUUCCUGUCACCGUGUCACAAAGAAAAUUGCCCAGCGCAAGUACAUGUAAUAAUAAUUAUUACAUGUACUUGCGCUUGCCAAUUUUUUGUAUGACACGGUGACAGGAAAAUACAGCGUGUUUUAUAUGUUCGUUCAUGGGUAUUCUUUCAUUUUUCCUACUGUACUUGAUUGAUAAUUUAGAUGAAUGGAUUUGGUUGUAAUACUAUUUAAUAAACGCAUGCAGCAACUCUGUAAAAAUACGUUAUUAUUGGUAUAUAAAAUAGUCUAAUAUGGUUAGUUUGGCGCCUCAAAAUACAGUCAUGGGAAGUCCAGAAGUAGUGUGACAAAGUAUUUUUUACGCUAAAAAUGACAAAAAAAUAAAUAAGUAUUAGGUACAGUUUAAUCAAACAAUGAGGGGGCUUAGCAGAACAUAUUUCUUUGUAAAAGUUAUCGUUUUUUUUACUACAGAAACACCCUUAUCAUUUAAGAUUUCUGAUCUCAGAACCCCACAGCGUUGCCAAAACCUUUUCCAAAUAUUAACUAUUUAAGAAUACACUAGUCAGUUGGAUUUUUAAAAUGAAAAUAAUCAGAUUUUCAAAAUUUCUUUUUUUACUUUUGAGUAAUGCGUAAAACGUGAUACAUUUAAUCUGUAAAAUGGAAACAAACACACACAAUGUUUACUAUACAUUGGCAGCAACACUGAACUGUCAUUUCAUUGGAGUUUUAAAAAUUAUUUCCGUAUCAGUAUCAGACGAUUGUCUAAUAUAUAUAUUUAAAUAAAAUUAUUAUUUUUAUUUAUUAAACUUGAACAAUUGUUUCAUAAAAUUUUUAUUAUUAAUAAUAAAAAAUGUUUUUGGAAUUAAUAUAAUUCUAAAAUUCUCAAUGUAAUCGCGAUUACGUUUUUCUUAUUAUAAUACCAUGUUAACGCUUUAGCGAGAUCGGGCAGUUCCGUGUGGAUGUCAUAUUAUUAGCUGUGCUAGAAAAAUUUCAAUUCUAAAUAAAAGUUGAUGUUAUAGUAUGAUACAGUUGAUCCAAAACGGCAUAACCCAGACAUCCAAAGUGAAAGUUUUCCUCCAACACCAAAUUGUUCUAUAUGAUAUGGUCCACAUAUUGUUCAGUAAAAAGUUACACCAUUUUGAGCGUCGGGUUUGGGGGGGAAGUGGGGAAGAAGUAGGUAAAUUAGUAGUUUUUUACGUUUUUCGUGAAUAUUUCUAAAUCUAUGCGGUUUAGCGUGUACAAUGUUCUAUACAAACAUGUUCUACAUUAAACUUUAAACAAAAACGGUCCUAUGCGUAAUCUUUCUAAAAUGAACGGUUCCAAAGUUACAGAGGUAGUAUAGUAUAAUUGGUCCAAAAAAGGCCCAACCCCGUCAUCCAAAAUAAAAGUUUUCCUCCAACACCAAAUUGUUCUAUAUGGUUCAAAUAUUGUUCAGUAAAAAGUUACACCAUUUUGAGCGUCGGGUUUUGGGUGGAGGGGAAGGAGAAAAGUUGGUAAAUUAGUAGUUUUUUACGUUUUCCGUCAAUAUUUCUAAACCUAAGCGAUUUAGCGCGAACAAUAUUCUAUACAAAUGUUCUACAUUAAAUUUGAAACGGAAAAGGUCCAAUGCCUGAUUGCUCUAAAAUCAACGGCUCCGGAGUUACGGAGGGUGUAAAGUGGAGAUUCUCCAUAUUAUUUAUAUUUGGACAAAUUAUAAUAUUAUUACUGAGAAAACUAAUUUUUUUAACAGGAUUGUGUUUUCUAAAUAUAAUUUGCUAUUUCAAUGGCCGGCGGUAUGUUGCUGAUAAGCCCUUGAAGGAACGUCAACCUCACCAAGAGGUGAGGCCUACGGCUAGGUCAUAUAAAUCUCUGGUACAGAGAAACCCAAUCUGAACUUUCUGUGGACAUUGUCGCAUGAAUAUCUUUCCAACAGUAAAAUUUUCGUUUUAAAUUUAAUGUAGAACAUUUUUGUGUAGAAUAUUGUGCACGCUAAACCGCUAAGGUUUAGAAAUAUUGACGAAAAACGUAAAGAAAAAACUACUAAUUUACCGAUUUCUCCCCUCCUCCUCACCCCAAACCCGACGCUCAAAAUAGUGUAACAUUUACUGAACAAUAUUUGGACCAUAUAGAACAAUUUGGUAUUGGAGUAAAACUUUUAUUUUGAAUGACGGGGUUAGGCCUUUUUCUUACUACACUAUAUUACCUCCGUAACUUUGGAACCGUUCGUUUUAGAAGGAUUAUGUAUAGAACCUUUUUUGUUUAAAAUUCAAUGUAGAAAAUUUAAUUUUUGUAUGGAACAUUGUUCACGCUAAACCGCAUAGUUUUAGAAAUAUUGACGAAAAACGUAAAAAACUACUAAUUUGCAGACUUCUACCCCACCUCUCUCCAAAACCGGACGCUCAAAAUGGUGUAACUCUUUACUGAACAAUAUGUGGACUAUAUAGAACAAUUUGAUGUUGGCGGAUAACUUUCACUUUGGAUGUCUGGGUUUGGGUCUAGUUAUACCAUACUAUUAUGGAAUAACAUUAUUUUCGUUAAAAGGGUCAGGGGAAGAACGAUCAAUGUCUAUCUGGAAGCAUUUUCGGUAAAAUGAAAAACAAAGUUACAUAUUCAUCGUUUUCUCCCCUUUCAUCCAAUCUUCUGACAUGUUUUUAAGGCAAUUCUCAUUGUUAUUUCCCCUUGGCCAUAAGGAUUUUUGACCCCCCCCCCUACGUAACGCACUGUAAUGGGCGUUUAAUUAUUACGUAACGCAAUUUUUGAAGAUUUUUACCCCCCCCCCCCCCCCCCCCCAACCUGCUCUAUGUAAUACUUGAACGGUCCCUCGAUAGUGUUCUUUCUAAGCGAACAAAUUGCGCAAGAAUCACAAAAUGACCAAAAAUUGGCAUUCAUCGUUUUUCCCUCUGACCCUUCAAAUAUUUCGGCGUAUUAAUAUAUUUCGUCAAGUAAUGAAAACCGAUUAACAUCAUUAAUUAGAAUAAAGAAUUAUGUAUAUAAUAUAUUAUUUGUGCAAUAAACAAAAAAAAAAUGUGUGUGUACUUUAUACUCACGUAAGAAGUUAUGCUUCUAUUAUAUGAUUUCAAUGAAUUAAUUAUAUUCCUCAAACAGUUUAUUUGUAUUCUACAGUCCGUCUAAUUUACUUACCGUUGCACGUCAUUAUCUACGCCAGAGAUCUAAGUUGACAUAGUUGCCAAAGUAUAAAAAAAAUCCUGAAUCCAUUUGAAAUCAAAUAGAUCACAUAAUUAUUGUAAACGUGGAUUAUACAACAAAACAAAUUAAUAUUCAAUGAAAAUAGAUAAAAACAUUAGAAAUAGAGAACAAGAAUUAAGUUAUAAUUUUACUAAAUUAAAGUUAAAGUAAAUAAUAAAAACAGUAAAUAUAAUAAAACAAAUACUUAUAGUAAAGAAUAUAAACAAAUAUGAAGUGCCGUCACCGCAACUGUCAAAUAAAUGUUACCAAUUUAUUCUAAAAUGUCACCUUCGUUCGAUUACAGUUACAGUGUGUUCCGAGCAAACGUGCUUCAUAAAAAAGCUUUAUAAUCAAUUUAUACAAAUUAAAUGAAACAUAUUAUUGUGUAUUUCUUUAGGUUAACAUUAAUAGAAAUAUUCAAAUAUUAUUUCUACGCGUAUAUAAUAAAAUAUGUCUAGUGGCUGUAAUACCAGUGUACUAGGCAAAAUGAUUCUAAAAAAGAACAUACCUACCGCCUAAAUAUUUCGUGUUGGUAUCAUGUGACGUCACAGGCUAUGACGCGGAUGACGUGCAACGGUAAGUAAAUUAGACGAAGUAUAUUUACAUAUUUAACUAAUUUUAAUACUUACUUCUUUCCAAAAAUUUUUAUUAAAAAAAUACCAAUAAUUAAAAAAAAGUAAGGCAACACAACAACAUAAGGUGUUCCUAAGUGGUCACCCAUCAAAAAAAUAACCGCACUUAUCUUGACUACUUUUAAUCUUCUUUUCAUCAUAUUUUAACAUUUAUUAUUCUACUCCCGACGAAGACAAAUCCAAAGACACAAAAUUUUUAAUAAAUAUAUUUACUAAAUACUAAAAACAUCAAUAUAUUUUUUCACACUUUAUUUGUACUGAUACAUACGUAGCUUGAAAGAUUUAGCAACUAACUUCAUACUCUCGGUGUGCACGUACUUUAUACUGUCAUUUUUUAUACAAAUUCACCUUCAACAUUUUUUCCAAUUGCGCCUAAAGAAGUAUAACUUCAACAAAGAAAAUUAUUCCUGACAAGUAAUUAUACCUAGCUUCUCACUGCACAUGGUCAUGAUGAAAAGGCAUUCCAAUGUUUUGGCAGUGCUCUGACGUCAGAAAUUUUGACUGACGUAAGCGUGUUUUUGUAGUAAAAAGGGUAUACCGUCUGGGCCUGUGCUAACGAGCAUUUAUCUGAGACUACUUCCUGCGAUAUAGUUUUCUCUGGGUUAAAAUAUCCGUGAUCUGGUCAAAGAUGCAGAGUUACAUUACUGUUUGUUUUAUAUAAUGUACGUUAUAUAAAUCGAGAAUUAAUGAAUAGAGUUAAAAUUUAAUUAUACAUUGAUCUGGCAGUGCUUAUUGGUAGAGGCGUUUAAAAGAUAUUUAUUGAUGUAUCAAAAGAGAACAAUUUUUGUUAAUUACUUUUAAUUGACUUUUAAAAAUAAUUUAAUAAACAGAUAACAAAGACAUAUUUUUAAUAUAACUUUUGAUACAUAGAGCGUUUCAUUAGUAUUACACAGUUAAUAAAAUGUUUCCUUGGUAAGCAGAAAAUAGUCAAUUCAUAAGGCAUUACUGUGGACUACAUUCUAAAACACACAACUAUCCAGCCCAUCAACUAUUUUCUGAACUAUAAAAAAGAGUGGAGAGAAGUAUUGAGUACACUUUAUAAUUGGUAUGGUAGAUUCACUGAGCUUGGGAAAAUUGUGAUAGAACCUAUGGUCAUGUUUUGAUAUGCUACAACUGAUGAGGACUAUCCAAUAUAAAAGUGGUAUCCAACAUUUUUAUGUUAAAUAGAAUUGAAAUAUUCGCCAAAAUAAACAUUACCGAAAGUGAA